UCCUCUUUCAGUCGUGGUGCAAGCAGCCAUGUUGCCGCGAGCUUGUUCCGGUAUCAGGGCAGGAUCGUGCGCAUAGACUGCAAUCGGGCGCAGCUCCUCGCCGCUCUCCCCCUGUCGCCCGUGACACGCAUCUCCUAACGAGAACACCCCACUUGACCAAUAAUGGAUUUUACAACUUGACGAUUCCUCCCACAGUCGGCUGGUUUCCGGGAAUAAUAGCAGCCGCCGCACCGACACGGCGAACUGGUGUGUUGCCUCACUGCAGUGCAGCACUGUUGAACGACCUUAUUCCAAUCACGCAACACAAGGAAGAGCGCCGGUGAUUUCCCUGGAUUUUGAGUUUUGAGGUUUUGCUCCGAGCCUCUCGCCGCCGCCGCGGCCGCAGGAAGGCGGGCUAACUAGCUAGCUUCGCUUGGAGAGAGACCGCGGAGCUAACGCCGACCCGUGGACGAGCGAGACACUUUUAAUUCGGGUUUCUCACCUGCCAUGUGACCGCUUGUUUUUUUUGGAUACCCUAACCCUGGAUACUUCCGCUGGGAACAUUUUGAAUUGUUUUGUGCGAGUUGGGAAAGGUCAAGACCUCGCCGGGAAUAACUUUGGCCUGAAAGUUUGUGGACCCCGGACUUGAUUUCGGAACUGAAAGGACGCGUCUCUACCACACAAAAAAAGAGAAAAGAAAAGAAAACAACAACCCAGGCGUCGACCCCCGUGUGGCGAAAACCAUUCGAGGAAUAUUUCGUCGGUUAGUUCCUCGCGAGCCGUCAGUUGUUAGUUCGCAGGGUCGCGUGCUAGACGCCUCACUGGACCUGGUCUAGUUUAAUACAACCGUUGCCCCCAACUUUUCUCCGAGCUAGCCCGAGUAGCUAGCUGGUCAAGACGUCAGAGCUGUCGGCUGGUAGCUCGCUGGUCACCAUCGACGCUGGUAAACGCGAAGUGGAGAACUGUUUUCGCACCGAGACCGAAGCUGAAGGACACACUUUUGCUUUUUCCUGUUUUAUACUUGUUGACAAACAUGGGACGUGCGGUCGCCGCGAGCUAGUUCCUAGCGAGCUAACUCGGCUAGCCUCUGAUGUGGGAUUCAACUUGUUGAUUCACGGGCUAGCUGUCGUGCUGCUAGCUGGCUAGCGCUGGACAUCUGUUGGACAUUUUUCCUCCAUCAUCAGCGAGACAGAUUUUAAAUGCACAAUAGACACUGACGGGUCGUUUUUGAUUCACUGUUCCCUUUUUUUUGUGUGGCAACUUCCAGUCUAUACAAAAUGUCAACAAGGACCCCGCUGGUGCAAGUCAUUGAAAAUUCGACCGGACAGGAGACCAAGUCAACCGGGCGCUCCAGCAUGCCGCGAUGUCGGAACUCCGUUUCCACGACCACAUCAGAUGACCAGCCGCACAUUGGUAACUAUCGGUUGCUAAAAACCAUCGGCAAAGGCAACUUCGCCAAGGUCAAACUGGCACGACACGUCCUCACCGGAAAAGAGGUGGCUGUAAAGAUCAUUGAUAAGACGCAGCUCAACUCCUCCAGUUUGCAGAAGCUCUUCCGGGAAGUGAGGAUCAUGAAGAUGUUGAAUCACCCCAACAUAGUCAAGCUCUUUGAGGUGAUAGAGACAGAGAAGACUUUGUACCUGGUAAUGGAGUACGCGAGUGGAGGAGAAGUCUUUGAUUACUUGGUGGCCCAUGGCAGGAUGAAGGAGAAAGAAGCCCGUGCCAAAUUCAGACAGAUUGUGUCAGCGGUGCAGUAUUGCCAUCAGAAGUGUAUAGUACACAGAGACCUCAAGGCGGAGAACCUGCUGCUGGACGCAGACAUGAACAUCAAGAUAGCAGACUUUGGCUUCAGCAAUGAGUUCACUAUGGGGAACAAGCUUGACACGUUCUGCGGUUCUCCACCUUACGCCGCCCCAGAGCUCUUCCAGGGAAAGAAGUACGACGGGCCUGAGGUGGACGUCUGGAGCCUGGGGGUGAUCCUCUACACACUGGUCAGCGGCUCGCUGCCCUUCGAUGGACAGAACCUCAAGGAGCUGAGAGAGCGCGUACUGCGUGGUAAAUACAGGAUUCCUUUCUACAUGUCCACCGACUGUGAGAACUUGCUCAAAAAGUUCCUCAUUCUGAAUCCCUCCAAAAGAGGUAGCCUCGAGGCUUCCUCCAAACAGCAGAUAAUGAGGGACCGGUGGAUGAAUGUGGGCCACGAGGAGGAAGAACUCAAACCCUACAUCGAACCCCAGCCAGAUUAUAAAGACCCCAGGAGGACAGACAUCAUGCUGACGAUGGGAUUCUCUCAGGAGGAGAUCAAGGACUCACUGGUGAACCAGAAGUACAAUGAUGUGAUGGCUGCAUACCUGCUACUGGAUUAUAGGAACUCUGAGCUGGAUGAAAGUGGCAUCAAGCCCCGGCCAGGAUGUGAUGUAAGCAACAUAAACGCCCCCUCACCGCCUCACAAGGUGCAGCGCAGUGUGUCGUCCAACCAGAAGCCUCAGAACCGCAGAGCCACCGACCACGGCUCCUCCUACUCUAAGAGGGACAACCGGACUGCAGGAGAGGAUUCUGGGAGGAAAGGUUCUUCAGGCAGCUCCACUACCAAGGUGCCGGCCAGUCCUCUGGUCCCCACUGACCGCAAGAAGAGCGCCACGCCCUCCACCAAUAGCAUCCUGUCCACCGGUACUGGUCGCAGUCGGAACUCUCCUCUGACUGAGAGAGCAACGUUGGGCCAGGGCGUCCAGAACGGCAAGGACAGCCUAAACAUGCCGGGCUCCCGCGCCUCCACUGCCUCGGCCGCUGCCGUCCUCUCCUCCUCCUCCUCCUCCUCCUCGCGUACCCGCCACAACAAGUCCCUGUCCUCCUCCAAUCAUCCAUGCCCCUCUGACCUGCACGCACCACGGCCCAGUGCCCCACCCCAGCGGGCGCCCGGUGCCUCCCCAUCUGCACACAACAUCAGCAGCGCCACCUCGUCAGACCGUACCAACUUCUCCCGAGGGGUGGGCAUCCGCAGCACAUUCCACGCAGGCCAGCAGCGGGGCGCCCGGGACCAGCAGGGUUCCGCCUACCCCGGCGGACCCGCGUCCCCGUCACUGUCACAUGGCAACAGCCAGGCCCGGAGGACACACGGCGCCACGGGGAUUUUCAGCAAGUUCACCUCCAAGUUUGUACGCAGAAAUCUCUCGUUCAGGUUUCCGAGAAGGAGUCCGUAUGAGGGAGAGGGUCAGGAUGAGGGGAGCAGGUCUAUGCUGAGCAGUACAGUGGACAAGUCAGAGAAGACGUCAGGGGGCGUUCUCUCCUCUUCUUCCAACAAUGACGAGAACAACUCCUCACCAGGAUCUGUUAACACGGGUGGCACCGGCACCCCUCCGGCCAUCGGCAGCCAGAAGGACCCGGCCAAGCCGCGCUCGCUCCGCUUCACCUGGUCCAUGAAGACCACGUCGUCCAUGGAGCCCAUGGAGAUGAUGCGCGAGAUCCGCAAGGUGCUCGACUCCAACAGCUGCGAGUACGAGCUGCGCGAGCGCUACAUGCUGCUGUGCGUGUCGGGCAACCCGGCGCGAGACGACUUCGUCCAGUGGGAAAUGGAGGUGUGCAAGCUGCCGCGGCUCUCCCUCAACGGCGUGCGCUUCAAGCGGAUCUCGGGCACGUCCAUCGCCUUCAAGAACAUUGCCUCAAAGAUUGCCAAUGAGCUCAAACUGUGAGUGCGCAGGAGGAGCCGCGAGGAGGGAUGAGAUUAAAACGAGGAGGUGGGAGUGUGAAAGAGGCUAAAGUGAGGAUGAUGCUGUAAGCGAGAUGAGGGGGUCAGUGUGGAGGUAAGCUAAAGGGUGGGAUCACUUUAAAAAAUAACACGAUUGUUAUCUGGACAACGGUCUGAAGUAGGGCUAUUGGUUCUGAGACUAGGAAACGUUUAUUUUCUAGGAGUUUUGUUCCUUAAUUAAGUUCACGAGGCCCUGCCAUUAGAAACUCUGAGUUGAUUUCCUCUGAGUUGUGAAGUACUUAUAGACCGAGGUCUUCUCUGUUCCCUGCUGGGUGUUUUCUUUUUCUUUUUUUGUCUCGUUCUACUUAGACGUUCCACUCUUCUGCAUGUUCGAUCUGCUCUUUCUGUUUUUAAGUAGUCACACUUUGAUCGCUCGGACCACUCCUGUCACUCCUUCCUGCUAUUUAUUCCGUUUUAUUCUCAACGGUUUUGCUGCCGGUUUUUUGGGGGGAUAGAGAGGCGGGGGGGGG